CACGAUCAUCGUCUGCUUGCAAGCUGCCAGAGGAAUAAGUGGCGCUUGCCGUGUAGCGAAUCUUGAAAUGACCAUUCAUAAUUUGUACAUAUUCAGCCGCAAUGGAGCGUUCCUUUACUACGACGAGUGGAAGAGGAACAAGAACUCGGGCAUGUUGAGGGAGGAGGAGGCGAAACUGAUGUACGGAAUGAUAUAUUCCCUCAAGUCUUUUGUGGCCAAGAUCGCCCCUACAGUCUGCAACGACGGCUUCCUGAACUUCAAAACCAACAAGUACAAGCUAAACUUUUACGAGACUCCGUCGGGCCUCAAGUUCAUCAUGAACACGGACACCAACGCCAGCAACGUGCGAGAGCUUUUGCACGACAUUUACCAUCAGGUCUACGUGGAGUAUGUUGUCAAGAAUCCUGAGUGCCAGCUGGGCAAGCCCAUCACAAGUGAACUUUUCAAAGAACAGCUCAAUGCUUUCAUUCUCAAGUCCCCACUGUACAAGUGAAACAUGCAUUUUAUUCA